AUGAGGAGCACAGCUUUCACUGGGACUAAAGUGUGCAGCGUGACAAAGCGUCCAGAUUUUGCCAGCAGCGGCCAGUGGGAUGUUGUGGUAGAGACUGAUGGAAAACAGGAAUCGUCAAUUUUUGAUGGAGUCAUGGUUUGCACUGGCCACCACACCCAUCCACACCUGCCACUAAGUACUUUCCCAGGAAUAGAAAAAUUCAAAGGACGCUAUUUUCAUAGCCGAGAUUACAAGAACCCUAACGAGUUCACAGGAAAGAGAGUCAUUGUGGUCGGCAUCGGGAACUCAGGCGGAGACCUCGCUGUGGAAAUCAGCCACACUGCAGACCAGGUCUUCCUCAGUACUCGCCGAGGGGCGUGGAUCUUGAAUCGUGUUAGUGACCACGGCUACCCGGGCGACGUGGUGCUUUCCACACGUUUUAACAUUUUCAUGAAGCAGUUUUUCACCUCAUCUAUGAUAAACAGCUGGGCAGAAAAAAGGCUGAACGAAAGAUUUGACCAUUCUCAUUACGGCCUGAAACCUCAACACAGAUUUUUCAGCCAGCAUCCAACCGUCAACGAUGAGCUGCCAAACCGCAUUAUUUCCGGCAAAGUUCUUGUAAAACCAAACAUCAAGGAAUUAACUGAAAGCGCUGCCAUCUUUGAAGACGGCACGAAGGAAGAAAAUAUAGAUUUUAUUGUCUUUGCCACGGGAUAUAGUUUCUCUUUCCCCUUCCUUGGGAACACCCUCCCAGUAUCUGAGAACGAGAUUUCCCUGUAUAAGUUUGUUUUUCCUCCUCACUUGGAGAAGCCAACCUUGGCUAUUAUUGGCCUCGUACAGCCUCUGGGAGCCAUCAUGCCUAUUUCAGAACUGCAGGCUCGCUGGGUGAGCCGCGUGUUUAAGGGGCUUAAUAUGCUACCUUCAACAAGUGAAAUGAUGUCAGAUAUCACAGCAAAGAAGGAAGCCAUGGCACAAAGGUAUGUGAAAAGCCCACGUCACACCAUCCAAGUGGAUUACAUUGAUUACAUGGAUGAGCUGGCCUCUCAGAUUGCUGUGAAGCCCGAUGUCAGAUCACUGUUCCUCACAAAUCCCAAGCUGGCCUGGGUGCUUUUCUUUGGGCCGUGCACGCCAUAUCAGUACCGCCUGGUAGGGCCCGGGAAAUGGGCUGGAGCUGAAAAGGCGAUCCUGACCCAGAAUGAACGGAUCAUCAAGCCCCUGAGGACAAGGCCCACUGAGGACUCAGCUGGAGGCACAUUGCUGCCCUUUGUGUUCAAGAUGGCCGCCUUGGCUGUGGCCGUUUUUGCUGUAAUCUGUGCCUUUUCUUAGGUGCUGAAGAUCCACUUUGUUAGACAGUGGGGGGGAAUUAGAUUACACCUGGUUUUGUGGUCCUGUCCAUUUCGUGUAACCUUGGCACCGUUCAGCAGUCACCCUCUGUCAAUCUACACCACAGUGCCUUUACAGACACGGUCUCCCAGUGACUGUCAUUAGCGUCAGCAAGUGUUACUCUGCCAUGACCCCUUUGAAAGGCACCUCUGGGUUUCAGUGAAGGUGUGUAAUAUAUCUGUUAAAAUGCAACCAAGAGCAAACAAGCAUCUUAUCUGGAAAGAGCACUUUGAACUGCACUAGCCUGACUUGAAGAAAUAGUUCGUUGUCAAUGUUUGUAUGUCUCGAGAGUCAGGGCGGAUCUUGGCAAACUGGAGCCCGGGGACAAAAUCUGAGUUUGGUGCCCCCACCCCCUCCCCCACAAUGACCAAACAAUGAUUUUUUGCACCAUCUCACAAAACACC